AUGACAUCACCAGACGAUGUUCCACCCCUCAAGCCACCACCCUCGUUCUCCCCGGCCACUUCCAUCCUCCCCUCGAAAUCCCGGUAUUCGGACAGUCUCCAGGACUCGCAGUCUCUAAUACACUCCUUGUCUGAACCUUCCCUGGACCACCGCUCCCUCUCGGAUCUCCAAUCCGUCGCAUCGUCGGAAGUCACAUCUAGAUCAUCCUCACCAGACCGCAGACUCUCCCGCUCUACGUUACGCCUCUCGCGCUCAAGCACUGCUACGCCUCUAGGGUCCCAGAUCGGUGGAUCUGACGAUGUGCGAUCGAUAAUAAUACGUGCAUUUUCACCGACAAUUGGAGUUUGUGCGUCUCCAGACACAGAUGCUCUGAUCCAGCGAAAGGGAUUCAAAGGCGGGUUUUUCGAGUUAAUACGGCCCUUCGGGGAGCGGAUUACGGGAAAAGUAGUCAUUCGCGAUGGCGUCGGUUCUAGUCGAACCUGGGACGAUUUUGGGGUGCGAUUUGCGGAGUUGAGUGGCCAGGAUCCUGGCGGCCGGAAGGGCGGCGAUGUUCCGGCUGCUGCUGCGCAGCUGGAAGAAGUUCUAGAGAAGCAUCUGGAAUACGCAGACCAGCCUUUGGAUAGUUGGGUCCGUGGCAGUGAUCCCAGCUCUAAAAGCUCCCCUCCACCGUCUCCCUUAUACAAAGUUUUUCUCAGGCGGCUACUCUCCUCCGUCUCCCAAACACCCCACGAAACUUUUACCCAUGCCGUCGCUUGUGUGAUAGCGAUCAGUUCGCAUACUCCGGCACCUCUUGAAUCAUUGCGCCAGCUCUAUUCUCAGACCAGCCAGGGUGACAAGAAGCCUCCUCCAUGGGUGCACCCGGAAUAUUUGCGAUAUUACGUCCUUGUCCACGAUGAAGAUAAUGACGAUAUUGCCCAGUCAACUGCACUGUUUGAUCAGAUGAAGCGACAUUUUGGGCUUCACUGCCAUCUUUUGCGACUCAGGAGCAAUCAAUGUGUCCUAACAGACGAUGAUAGCACCAUUUUUCCCACACCAGAAUGGCUAAGUCCCGUGGAAGAUCUCAUUUCUAUGGGGAAGCAAGAAUCCCUGAUUGACGUUGAAGCCGAACCCUCCUACCUGUUCGAAUCUGAUGUGACUGCAAUAAAAUCGUUCGUUCGUGAAUUGGUCGCACAGUCUGUGAUCCCUCAUAUGGAGAAUCGCGUUGCGCUGUGGAAUGACCAAGUUGCAUCACGAAGACGAGGACUAAGUGGACGAUUCAUGUCGAUAUCUAAGCGGUGGGCUGGCUUUGGAUCAGGUUCGAGGUCAUCGGGAUCACCAUUUGGAGGCAGCUCAUCCGGCAAUUAUGAUUCUUACCAAGGAUUCUACCAACCGGAUUCUCCAGAAGCUAUUUUGCGAAAAAUGGCGGAUUAUUCAUUUAUGCUACGCGACUGGAAAUUGGCUGCAUCUACGUACGAUUUACUGAGGACGGACUUUAGCAAUGAUAAAGCAUGGCUUUACCAUGCUGGUGCCCAUGAGAUGUGUGCGGUGGCAACCUUACUCAACCCCUUAUCUUCAACCAGCAAAUCCAGGCUUGAGUCCAUCGAACAGCUUUUGGAAACGGCUUGUUAUUCGUAUCUUACGAGAUGUUCAGAUCCCCAGAAUACCCUUCGAACGGUCAUACUGGGGGCAGAGCUUCUCAAAUCGCGCGGUGGUAUCGCUGCAGAGAGCGCAGCACGAUGGUCGACGCGAGUCCUGGACAUGGGCCUGCUAGGAAGCAUUGGGCGACUCCUCCUAUUUGAACGUGUUUCGGCUUGCUAUGCUUCGAAAAUAGCAACCCACGGCACGGGAUGGGGCACACGGAGACGGAAAGCAGGAAUGUGGUCUCUUUUCGCGGCCGAAGGAUGGCUCAAACAAGGACAGGCCCGCCUUGCCUCCAGUGCUAUGGAAGAAGCCAAUCGCCAGUACAGCGAUACUGUCGAUGAUUGGACGUUUCCUCUGCCUGAAAUGCAACAGGUUGUCGAUGAUCUUCGCCUGGCCAUAAAGGUUGGUUGUCUCGAAGUCCGAGGGAUGAAUGGCGAGGGUGUAGAAACCCCCACCGAAGUUGGACCAGAAGAAACACGAGAGAACCUAGACUAUCGUGGUCAUGGCCACCGUAAAUCGCUGAUGGGUGGUACAAAUCCACUCGAAGGCAUCCCUACAGCUCCUCUUCGGCCACUGAGCCCAGCUGAAGCCGCUGAACCCAAUGAUGAUUUUGAAUGAAUUUAGGGCAUGAUUUUGAUGCCGCGUUUUCUUUUUUUCCCUUUUCUUUUCCUUGUCGAUAUUUCCCCUAAUUUCUUUUUCAUAGAUGAGUGUCGGUGAUUUAAGGCGUUGGUUGUUAGCCGGGAUCUGAUUCGAAAUGCCGGAAGAUAUCCAAAAUAUGUUUCGCUGCUGG